CUGCGGGGGGGGUUGGGGGGGGGGGUUGGGGGAUGCUCCGCGUUGUUUCCACCCGGACUCCAAACGCUGCGGCACCACCGCGGGUCCGAUGGGGGGGGGGGGGCCCCGAUGCGGCGGCCCCGGAGACCCCCCCCCGACCCCCCCCCCGGUGCUGAGCGGGCCGCGAUGAAGGGCCCGGGGCGCGGAGGAGCCGGGAGCUCCCCCCCUCCUCCCGCUACCCCCCCCCCCGCAGAGCCGCCCCCCGCCCCGGGGGGUCGUUACCUGCUCAUCGACGCGCAGGGGCUGCCCUACACGGUGCUGGUCACGGACAGCGGCGGCGCUGCAGUUACCAACAGUGACCACAGCGCGGCGCUGCGGUGCAAUACCGCCAAUGACCACAGCGUGGCGCUGCGGUGCAAUACCGCCAAUGACCACAGCGCAGCGCUGCGGUGCAAUACCGCCAAUGACCACAGCGUGGCGCUGCGGUGCAAUACCGCCAAUGACCACAGCGCGGCGCUGCGGUGCAGUCCCAGCAGUGACCACAGCGCGGCGCUGCGGUGCAAUACCACCAAUGACCACAGCGUGGCGCUGCGGUGCAAUACCGCCAAUGACCACAGCGUGGCGCUGCGGUGCAAUACCACCAAUGACCACAGCGCUGCGGCGCGGUGCAGUCCCGGCAGUGACCACAGCGCGGCGCUGCGGUGCAAUCGCACCGGUGACCACAGCGCGGCGCUGCGGUGCAAUACCGCCAAUGACCCCAGCGCUGCGGUGCGGUGCAGUCCCGGCGGUGACCACAGCGCGGCGCUGCGGUUCAAUGCCACCAAUGACCCCAGCGCUGCGCUGCGGUGCAGUCCCGGCGGUGACCACAGCGCGGCGCUGCGGUUCAAUGCCACCAAUGACCACAGCGCGGCGCUGCGGUGCAACCCCAACAGUGACCACAGCGCGGCGCUGCGGUCCGCACCCAUCAAUGACCACAGCGCUGCGGUGCGGUGCAGUCCCACCGGUGACCACAGCGCGGCGCUGCGGUUCAAUGCCACCAAUGACCACAGCGCUGCGGUGCGGUGCAGUCCCACCGGUGACCACAGCGCGGCGCUGCGGUUCAAUGCCACCAAUGACCACAGCGCUGCGGUGCGGUGCAAUCCCAGCGGUGACCACAGCGCGGCGCUGCGGUUCAAUGCCACCAAUGACCCCAGCGCUGCGGUGCGGUGCAGUCCCACCGGUGACCACAGAGCGGCGCUGCGGUUCAAUGCCGCCAAUGACCCCAGCGCUGCAGUGCGGUGCAGUCCCACCGGUGACCACAGAGCGGCGCUGCGCUGCCCGGAGUGCGGUCGCGCGUUCCCGUUCCCGUCCUACCUCCGCCGCCACCGCAUCGCGCACUCCCCGCACAAGCCCCACGAGUGCCGGGCCUGCGGCAAGGCCUUCAAGCGGCGCUCGCACCUGGAGCGGCACCGGGUGAGCCACGGCGGGCGCCAGCCCCACGCCUGCGCCCUCUGCCCGCGCCGCUUCCGCCACCCCGGCGAGCUGGGGCAGCACCAGCGCGUGCACAGCGGCGAGCGCCCCUUCCAGUGCGCCCUGUGCCAGCGGCGCUUCGGGGAGCGCGGGGCCCUGCGCAGGCACCUGCGGAGGAAGAGCCACGCGAGGGCGUGAGGGUGGGGGGGAAGGGG